AUGCGCUCACCACAUGAACACGUCGCUCUCCUUCUUCUAGCGCUCACCGCCCCGUGUGUACUGUCCUACUCCACCAUCAGUGCCAACAACCUGUAUACCGCUCUCACCCUCGGCUUUCAGAGCAUCGUCCGUCCGUCCGACACUACCAACGUUACCCUGACACUCGGCAUUUACGCCAUCAACUAUCUGGAUGUGCAUAACCAGGAACUUUCAGUCUCCGUCUGGAUUCAAGCGGGCUGGACGGACGGACGGUACUCCUGGUCUCCCACCGACUUCUCCGACAUUGAAACCAUGUACCUUGACGCCGACGGAAGCUGGGAUCCAAGGAUAUCUGUACAGAACGCGCAUGACCAGGAUGCGUACACAUCAAGUGAACAGGUGUUCCAGGUGAACAGCACGGGCUACGUGGAAAUGUCCUCUUCCGGUCAGUUCACGAUCCACUGCCCAGUUGAUGUACAGUACUUCCCGUACGACGUCCAGACCUGCACACUGGUUAUUACAAGUUCGGUCUAUCCAAGCGCCAGUGUCUUCUUCACUGGCGAGAACGCUGACACAAGCCAGUUAACCGGAAAUGACGAAUGGGAAAUAACGUCACAUUCAGUUGACUCAUCCGAUUAUGACGCAAAUGCUACGUCAUCGUUCAGCAAAGUAACGUACACAUUGGAGCUGACACGUCUGACGUCCGGGGCGCUGCAGGGGGCGCUGAUGACGCCGCUGCUUCUCUCCUCCUUUCUCGGGAUAAGCACCUUCCUUGUGCCGUCAGAGGCUUCCGGGAAGCUCUUGGUCCCCCUUGCGAUCCUGGUUGCACAGGCGCUGUUUAUAAACCUCCUGAGCGAGGAGAUACCCUUCUCUGGUAACCCAUCGCCAGUUAUAGGUACGUAUUUGAAGGCUUUAGUGGCAGUAAGUGUGGUAGAAACGGUGUUAACAAUUUUCGUGGUGAGAAUUUAUCACAAUAAAGACAGACGGAAGCCAAUGAGCAGACUGUUACAGCGGUUCACAGCCUUUCUCACCGUCGUUACGUGUGUUGGUUCAAACCAAGACAACUCUAACUCUGCCUCGACCCCUACCAGUGAGUCGGAGAUUGAGUCAAAUAUAGAGACUCCAAACACAACCACCACGGAGGUGCCGGAAGUGGUUCAUACGGUAAAUGGGGCGAAGAACCCCAUCAAGCGCCGCUUGAGUCUGAAAACGAUCAGCCCUGACCACAGCUUCGCUACCUCGAGUAAGGAAGACUUUCGUAAGGCGAAGCGUUCGCGCGCGUGGGGUGACACGGGCACUUUAUGUGGGCGAGGCACAGACCGGAAGUGGACAUGGGAGGAUAUGUCACGUGGUUUUGACAGGGUGUUCUUCGUAUUGUUUUUGUUGUUAAGAGUGAUUUUAGCAGCGGUUUAUAUGACAAAAAUUGAAAGCGGCAAUAGUUCGUAGUUUACAGAAAAGGCGUCAUUAAUGUAAAUAGAUGUAAAACGUUGGUGAUAUGUAUUAAACGAUGGUACUGAGUUACAGAGAAUCAGAAAGCAGUGUAUUUCAGGAUAAGGAAAUAUGUAUCCGAUUUUUAAGGCAUUACGUAUUUACUCGACCACGCAGGCAGAUACGUUCAUAUUCGUAAAUGAUAAUGUGAUGUGACUUAUAGUAGCCGUAGUUUGAGGGUUUAUCCAUAUAUAUUGUUAAUUUGGAUCCGACCGGAAAAAUGACAACUGUUUAUUUUUCUGUUUUAUUUCUCACCUAAUGCCAGUAAUG